AUGAGUGCUGAGGGACUAGCAGGACGACACCUAACUAGUAAUUCCACACCCAUCACUCGGACAUGGCUCAGGGCGACACCUAAGCUAGAGGUCCUUGGUCACAAAACAAAGGCGUCUGGAGGUUUGGUGAAAACAAUGCCCAAAAAUUCAAAGGAUCCCAGCGUGGCUACUAUGGACCCGCGUUUCUAUGAAGUGUUCUUUCAAUAUUUUGAGGAAACGGAAUGCCCUAGCCUCAAGGACUUUUGUGCCAGAAAUCACGAGUUUGUGGUUGUAAAUACAACAUCUUCUGACAUAAAGGGUCUGUGGAAUAAACGCUUUAAAAGUGCUGCAAAAAUAUUUUCCACAGAAAAGCCUUUUACGAAUGAUCAACCGGAUUGGAACCAGUACAUACAAGAGAAACUAAAGCGUGUGCUGAAGCAAGCUGUAUUUGAUGAAGCAGAAAGCACUCGAGCCAGCUCUAAAAGUAGCCAUGUUUCCUCUUCGAAUGGUUCUUCAAAGACAAAGUCAAGCCCAUUAAAUGAAUCACAAAUCGAAGCCUUUAAAAAGAGCUUUGAUUCAAUGGACCCUCAAAAGAAAUGGAAAAUCAGUGAAGGAGUUGUUGUUGAAGACAAAAUGUAUAAAUUUGGGUUAAGUUGUACCUAUGAGCACCCAGUCCAUUCAUUUAUCUUGGAUGUAGAUGACCCUUGUUGGAUUUCAGUAUUUUCAGCAAAGGAAUUAAAUAUAAUUAAAGCCAGUGGAAAGGCUUCGAUGCCUCCUCUUUCUGACGGGUUAAAAGAAUUCUUUCAAAAGUUCUCUGAAUUGAGCACUUUAAUUGAGCCGUCUACCGGCGAUUCUCCAAAUUUGCUCCCUAGUAGCUACCAAGAGAGCUUUCUAAAGAGGCUGUGGAGUAUUGCAACAGACCACGGAUUCUACGACCCAUUAACACACUUUGAUGAGGAUUGGGCCCAGCGAUCCAUAAUAGAGUAUAUCUCAGCAUAUAGAUGGAAUGUAAUCCAACGUCUCACCGCUAGAGGAUCAGAAAUGGAUUUUGUGGUCAGGAUAUGGAGUCAACUUGAUAAAUGCUUUGACAACAUUGCAGUAGAAACUUUUAGAAACCGAGGCUGUAUUGCUACAUCUGUUAGAAUGAAUGAAAAAAGAAGAGUGACAGGAAGAGACCCCUUGGUUCCAAAAUCCUUUUCUACAAAACCUGAUCUUGUACUUUACAAAGAGGAUGUAGAAUACGGAUGCUCAGAAGUUGGCAAGAACGAUGAUGGUGGUGUGGGUGAAAAAGAAAUUGUGGAGACUGCUCUAAAAUGCCCAAAAACAAUGAAGGACAUGUUACUCCGCGCAGCAAGCAAAGUAGGAAACGCCACAAACAAGACUCGCCAAUUGCAGAUUGUUGGUUUUCAUCAAACAUCCUUGAGAAUGCACCUCUCGGUUCUAGAUUGCCCAGAGGGAUAUAUAUGUCGGUUAAGAAGAUCCACAGAGUACACAGUACCUCUCCAACCAUCUCUUAUACCAUCACAGCUUAUACCAAUCUUAAAGCUUACAUGUAAAGCAAAGGAAAUUGUCCGGCGAACUAUAGAAGUGCUCGAGGCUCCAGCAUAUGUAGAAGACGAGCCAGACUUUUCCUGUAAUAAUGCUACAUCUGACGUUAUUGUACUGCCAUGUGCAUUAUGUAAAAGUGUCAAGAGGAAGCGGGAAUCCUCUCCUGCUUAA